AUUGCAUCUAAUAAGUCAUGUUUUCAUUCCUAAUUUUAAUAAAAUAUGAUCGCAAAUCGCAUAAAAUACAGUAAUUCAUUCAUUAAACGUUUUAAACCAUAUGACUUUCAUGCAUCUAAUAAAUCUAAGAGAAAACAUCACGCUGGCUGGCAGCGUGCACUUAAACAGACACCUUUAUAUCGUACAACCAUUCCUGUUAUUGUCACUUCAAACUGCCGUUCACUUCCCAACAAAAUUAUGCAUCUCCAGUCUCUCUUAUCAUCUGAUACUUAUCACAAUACGGCGAUUGUUGCAUUACAAGAAACAUGGCUCCAUGAACUCUAUGAUGACAAUCUGGUUUCCCUAAAUGGUUUUACAUUGUUUAGACAAGAUCGACUAUGCUCCAGAAAGAAAAGAGGUGGAGGUGUUGCAACUUUCAUUCAUUCUCAAUGGUCAACUUCAAAUAACGUAUGUUUUUCUUACUCUAAUGACUUUAUUGAUUGUAUAACGGUCAAAUGCCGCCCGAAACACUUAUCCAAGUUUAAAUACGUCUUCAUCUCUAACAUUUAUGUUACUCCUGGCUGUUCU